AAGCGUAAAAAAGUUGUUUUAUAAUACUGAAACUAAGUGCCUAGGCAUGGAUAAAUAUGCCAUCAGGGAGCUGAUCGGCGAGGGUUCUUUCGGGAAGGUGUACAAGGCGGACAACGAAGAAACGAAAACGACGGUCGCGCUCAAGAUCAUCAGCAAGCGUGGCAGAUCCGGCCGGGAGCUCAAGGGCCUUCGGGGAGAAUGUGAAAUCCAGCGCAACCUCCAGCAUCCGAACAUCAUCCGGAUGUUGGAUUCGUUCGAAACGGAAAACGAAAUCAUUGCCGUGACGGAGUUUGCCGAAACCGAUUUGCACAGUUUGCUUCGGAAUGGAUCACUCGGAGAGCCCGAAACUCAGCGUAUCACUUACGAUCUGGUGUCCGCUCUCUAUUAUCUACACUCGCAUAGGAUUUUGCACCGGGACUUGAAGCCGCAAAACAUUCUUAUGGAUAGGAACAAAACGGCAAAGUUGUGCGAUUUUGGAUUCGCACGCAAUAUGACGAUGGGAACACAUGUGCUAACAUCGAUCAAGGGAACCCCUCUGUACAUGGCUCCUGAACUGAUGGAGGCGAAACCAUACGAUCACCAUGCGGAUCUGUGGUCUUUGGGAUGUAUUAUCUAUGAAAUGCUUGCAGGGGAGCCUCCGUUCAGUUCCACUUCGAUGAUUCACCUCGUUCGACUGAUCCGCAAUCAAUACAUUAAGUGGCCAAGCUUCCUGACUGCCAACUGCAUCUCCUUCGUUCAGGGUCUGCUUGAACGGGAUCCUUCCCAUCGGAUGCCCUGGACCAAAAUCAUUAACCAUCCAUUUGUGAAGGGACAUAUUGUAGUUCUUAAGGAAGACAUACCUGAAUCGCCUUUCACAAAUCCUCUAACAGCAUCCCAGAGCAAUGAGAAGAAAAAACAAACCAAACGCCUGAUGUAUGGGAAAACUUAUGAUUACAAACAAACCGGGGGAUCGAGGCGAGCACCGAAAGCAAUACGAGGAUCGAAUGAGGACGAUCUUGCCUCGUCCAGGGAUAGUAUGAAUGUUAUCCUGCAAAGUGAUAUGGAGUACGUCGAAACGGAUGCCGAAGAAUUGACAGCGGUUUCCCAGGUCAUCCCAGAAAGUGAUAAGAAAGAAGAUGUAAAACUUACAAACCCUGAAGAUUUCACCAUUGAGUAUCAUCAUCCUCUAGGAGAGAACGCUGAAUUUGUUCAGGAAAAUCCCAACUUGGUCGUGAACAGCUUCAACGACAACUUUCCGCUGCUCGAUAGGAAAGGUCACAAAAUAAUUUCAACUGAUGAACUAGCGACCAGACUAAACCACAUGCACCUCCACAAUCAAUCCACCAAAUUCAAAUCUCAAGAGCUGGAGCGACGAAAGCUUAGCCAAAACAUCGAUAACUUCUCGAUCCGAUUAGAUCAUGACAAAACGUCACAGUCCAUGAUCAAAAAAUCUACUGAAGUUGCAUUCGAUAUGGAUAAAAAACCUGAAAAAAUCACUCCAACCCUUCUUCCUGGCUGGGAUUCGUGUGAUGAAUCCCAAAACCCGCCCAUCGAAAACGAAGAAUGGUUAGUGUUUCUCCAAAAAUCGAUGCAAGAAAUCCUGGAUGGUGAGCUUGACUCACUUAAGCAGCAAAACUUCGUCAGUAUUAUUGUGGCCCCUUUGCGGAACUGUCGAGCCAGUGCCAAAGUUGUCGAAAACGUGGCCAAUCUCUUAAGUCUUCCACUAGCCAUCGAUGCGCCUCCGGCCCUCAUCCACGACAUUCUGGCCGUGUACGCUGAACUCAAGCUGGUUCCAAACCUGGUGUACGCGUCUAAACUCCUGUGCAAUAAAAAACUCAGCGCUUCGAACAGUGACAGCCAAUCUUCUCCGGCUCCUCCGCUAACCCGAUCGGACUCUUCGAUACGACAGGUAUCGUCCCUGAACAACGACGAGGUAAAAACCCUGACGGCAGUGUAUGAUCUGAUCUGCUUCCUGAUCCACUCAGGGGAACAGUUCAUCAAUCAGUUCUGCGAUGCCAUCGAAAUUCUCGGCGUCAAGGAGCUGUUUGUGAACUUCAUCAACGCCGUUCGGACCAACGAUGGCUAUGUGCGACUCAGCUGUUCGAUCCUUGCGGUGCUGAGCUGUGCCCUCCGGGAGCUACCGGAAAAUGCCGAAAUUGUCGAGCAGAUCGUGUUCCACGAGAACGUUAACAUGAUCCUGAUGCUGAAACAUCGGGACGCCAUUCUUCGACAUCGGACGUGUAUGCUGCUUCGAGUAUUGGCCCGAUACAGUUGUUUGGCGCUGCUGAAACAUUGGACCAGUGAUAUCAAGGAAUCCCUUGAAUCACUGCUUGACGAUCAGGACCGAGAAGUUAAAACGGAAGCACAAUGUGUGCUGGAUGAGUUCCAGUAUCUCUCAUUUGUGACUGCAGAGACUGCUUACUGAGUGUUAUUGAAAAGUGAACAUUAAAAGUAUAUUUUUUAAAA